UGGAACUGGUGCUUGCAGAAACUUUUAAUGGCACCGUGAUUACCCAUAAAUCCCUGCGUUACAAAUAUCGCCGUCGCCGAAGCACCGAUCAAAUGCGCAGGCGUCAGCGCUGUGUCGUUGCCGAAUAUCACGCAUGCGCGCAGUACACGCUAGGCCUCAGCAGACCGACAGCAGGUAAGAGCGCGUCUCCGGGGAUCAGGGGGAAAGUGAGGGGAGACAUGGAAAGGGGAGAGCGGAGGGUGAGGGACAAUUACUGUGAGCUCCGGGCUCCGUGACCCGCAAUCCCGGGACAGUCCUGCUCUCUUCCCUCUCUCUCAGCCCCACCAUCCGUACACGGGCCCCGGGGAGCUUCCGGCUGAUGAGGGAAUGGGAACCGAUGGAUCUCUCAGACAGAGCUGAGCUCCAGCUGUCUAAAUGCAAGGAUCGGGAACUCGGAGAAAGGGAACAAAAUCUUUUACAUCAGCUGUUGAGAAAAUCACCUUUGUUCUGCUUCCAGUCACAAACAAGAGAAAAUCUGCAGAGAGGCACAGUUUUAAGGUGCUUGGAAGCAGGCUUCUGGAUCAUUCUUCAUUUCUGCGCAUGCUGGGAACUCUGUCCAGUCACGUCCUGACACGUGAUAUCAGCUGAAGGGGUUAAAAACGAGAAGGAAUUUAGCUCCUAGGAUCUCAAACACGGCACGCCAGUUUUGCUGUCUCUGUCCAGAUGUUUGAGAAGUGGAGCAAGGGAUCCAAUCGACCAUCCUUCCUGCUCAGACUGUGGGGAGGAAUUCACUUGGUCAUCUGACUGACUGGCACACCCGUCAUUUUACACAGGGGAAAGGCCGUUCACCUGCUCAGACAGUGGGAGUGGAUUCACUCGGUUAUAUCAAUUGAAGGUACAUCAGCAAGUUCACACUGGACAAGGCCAUUCAUCUGAUCUGUGUGUGAGAAGGGAUUCAGUCGGUCAUCCCACCUGUGGACACACCAGGCAAUUCACACUGGGUAGAGGCUGGUCAUCUGCUGAAUUUGUGGGAAAGGAUUCACUCGGUCAUCUGACCUAAUGGCUCACCAGCGAGUUCACACUGGGGAGAAACCGUUCACCUGCUCAGACUGUGGGAAGAGUUUCACUAAUUCAUCCACCCUACGGAGCCAUCAGCGAGUUCACACUGGGGAGAAGCCAUUCACCUGCUCAGUCUGUGGGAAGGGAUUCACUCAGUCAUCCACCCUACGGAGCCAUCAGCGAGUUCACACUGGGGAGAAGCCAUUCACCUGCUCAGUCUGUGGGAAGAGAUUCACUCAGUCAUCCAACCUACAGAGUCAUCAGCGAAUUCAUACUGGGGAGAAGCCGUUUACCUGCUCAGAAUGUGGGAAGAGAUUUGCUAAGUUAUCCAGCCUACAGAUUCAUCAGCGAGUUCACACUGGGGAGAAGCCGUUCACCUGCUCAGUCUGUGGGAAGGGAUUCACUAAUUCAUCUUCCCUACAGAGUCAUCAGCGAGUUCACACUGGGGAGAAGCCGUUCACCUGCUCAGAAUGUGGGAAGAGAUUCACUCAGUCAUUCCACCUACAGAGUCAUCAGCGAGUUCACACUGGGGAGAAACCAUUCACCUGCUUAGAAUGUGGGAAAGGAUUCAGUCAGUCAUCCAGACUACUGGCACAUCAGUCAGUUCACAAUGGGGAGUGGCCGUUCACCUGCUCAGAAUGUGGGAAGGGAUUCACUUGCUCGUCUAAGCUAAUGGCUCACCAGCGAGUUCACACUGGAGAGAUGCUGUUCACUUGCUCAGUCUCUGAGAAGAGAUUCACUCAGUCAUACAACCUAGUGGCACAUCAGCAAGGUCACACUGGGGAGAAGCCGUUCACCUGCUCAGUCUGUGGGAAGAGAUUUACUCAGUCGUCCCUCCUGCAGAGUCAUCAGCGAGUUCACACUGGGGAGAGGCCGUUCACCUGCUCAAUCUGUGGGAAGAGAUUCACUCACCCAUCCACCCUACAGAAUCAUCAGCGAGUUCACACUGGGGAGAAGCCAUUCGCCUGCUUAGUCUGUGGGAAAAGAUUCACCCAAUCAUCCACCCUACAGAAUCAUCAGCGAGUUCACACUGGGGAGAGGCCGUUCACCUGCUCAGUCUGUGGGAAGAGAUUCACUCAGUCAUCCAACCUACAGAGUCAUCAGCGAGUUCACACUGGGGAGAAGCCGUUCACCAGCUCGGAAUGUGGGAAAGGAUUCACUCAGUCAUCCCACCUACUGGCACACCAGUCAGUUCACAAUGGGGAGUGGCCAUUGUUAUGAAUCCCCAGAUUUCGUUUGCUGUGGACUGUCAUUUUGAGAGAGAGAGAGAGAUUAAGAAUGGAAAUCAGUCUGACUUGCAGCUUGUUUAGUUUUAAACAAGCACACAGAUACUCAGUCAGACGGAGAUGAAGGAAGAUAAAUGGAAGGUUCAAAACAAGGGAACUAGUGGCCAAGGGUCACUGUUUCGAACUUUCCUCUGCCCACAAGGGUGGGUUAGUUAUCCAUUCAGCAUACAUUGAAUGUGUGGUUGUCACCUCGUUUGAUCCAUAGGAGUGGAUCUGAUUUGGGGUAUCCUGUGAAGACCACUUAUGUGUUAACCCUUGCCUGGGUGUGGUGUGGAAAUUCACUUGAAGACGAUACCCCUUGUGACAAGUCACUUUUGGUGAUAAUUUGUAUGUGGAUUUGGAACGACGACAGAUAAAAUCUACAGCGACUGUUCCCUCAUUUUACCACCAUGGAUGCUGUGGAAUUCAACGUUAUUGCCUUCUCUCGACAUUUACCCUGGAUUACAAAUAUCUCUCUCUCCUCAACUAUUCUGUUGUUGAACUGAACUUUCAUAGUUUACCAUCUCAAGACUCCAAGCCUUGUUUCCCCUGAGCUCAAUAGUUUGGGAGUUAUAUUUACCCACAUAUAUACACAUAACACUGUUAAUUUUUGUUUAUCUUGCUUAAGUUACUAUAUUGUUAGUAGGUACUAAUAAAGAUAGUGGAUGUAACAUCAAAAACAGACUCUAGGUGUAGUCUAUUGCUGCUGACUCAUUUCUAAAGUGUUACGGGACAAAAUUGGGGCCUGCAUCCGAUAUAGGGAAAUAUUUGGAGGCGUAUUGAUUAAUUAUCGAUUUCAUUGGAGAAAUCCCUUUUGAUUUAUUUGUGUGUGGAAAAUCAGCAGCAAUGGAUGUUGAUAGAUUUCUGGAAGCGCCAACCUCUAAGGCACUAAAGGACACCAGAAGGAUUGAGUUGUUGAGUAUUGUUAAAUGGUUAAAACUUGCUAAGGUGAAAUCGACAAUGAGGAGGUCACAGAUGCAGAGGAUAAUAGUUGAACAUUAUGUAUCUGAGGGUGUGUUUAAAGUGGAGGAGUUGGAGGUGUUUCCUGAAAGUAAACCUAGUGAGCUUGGGCUCCCGUACAAGUUAGAAAAAUUGAAGAUGGAGGCUGUGGAAAGGCAGAGGCAGGUUGAGGCUGGAGAGGCAGGAAAACAGAGAGAAGAGGCAGAAAAACAGGGAGGAAGCAGAAAGACAGAGGCUGUUCGAGCUGGAAAAGAUAGAGAGAUUGCAGCAAAGGGAACUAGCAUUAGACUCUGGUGAUAAGUUUGAGGGCAGUCAGGAUGUUAAAUUGGUACCUCCAUUUGACGAUGCAGAGGUUGACAAAUACUUUCAGCAUUUUGAUAAGGUUGCUCAGAG